AGUCGACUGUUGCAGUACAAAAAAGAAAAACGGCGUUAUCCUACCGUAUCUGCGCACUGCUUUCUCUCUCUCUGCACAGGAAAUCAUUUUCUCUACUAUUACACGGUUAUUGAAGCAGUAGACGGGAAUCAGAAACACCCCCCAAAAAAAAACCGAGAUUAUUGCCGCAAUCAUUCUACAUACACCACCCCGGCAAGCGUGUUACCCGUCAGCGCGAUGAUUGCCACGCCUGAGAUGGCAGAGUACUGCCUCCGUGUGAUAGCACGCCGCGUCACCGCACCCGACUCGCCGCCUGUGCCGCUGCCGGAGAUACCGGAGGAGAAAUCGGCGUGUUUUGUCACCCUGACGACGCUGCCGCACGACCGCCUGCGCGGCUGCAUCGGCUCGCUGCGCCCGGGAGACUUGAAAAAGGACAUGGGCCGCCUAGCCUUGUCGGCUGCCUUUGAGGACUCUCGCUUCCCCAAAGUCAAGGCGAGCGAACUGCCGUCGCUGCGGUGCUGCUUCAGUCUACUGCACACCUUUGAGCCGUGCACUGCGUGGAAUGACUGGGAAAUCGGCAAGCACGGCCUGGUUGCCGAGUACGACGGCUACAGCGCCACCUACUUACCCUCGGUGGCGGAGGAGCAGGGGUGGAACCACAAGGAGACGAUGGUCAGUCUGCUCGACAAGGCGGGGCUUGAGAAGGAGGUGACGGACAAGGUGCUGAAGUCGGUGAAGGUCACGCGCUACCAGGUCAGCAAGGCGUACAAAAGCUACAAGGACAUCGAGAAUGUGUAG